AUAUAAUAAUCUGCUGCCGACACUCAUUCUCCUCACCAGUGGUUGUCAUUUGGCUUCGAGAUUUUUGGCCUUGUUAAUGCUCCAAGCUUACCCCAUUUCAUCUCCUUCCUACUUGGCCUUUGAACAGAGAGUUCAAGAAUUGUCCCCUGUUUUCAAUUUCAGGGACGAUUCAAGUUUCUUGCCUUGUUCUUUCUCCAACUUCAUCUGGGUUUCGACUAUUAUGUGGUUUCUGUGCUGAAACUAUCUUCAAUUAUCAUAAUCUGUGUUAGUAUAAUCAUAAAAAAAAAAUGCUUUCGGCAAAAUCUGAGUCUGAUAUUACCAGUUUGGCGCCAUCAUCGCCUUCAAGGUCACCAAAGCGGCCAACAUACUAUGUUCAGAGCCCUUCAAGGUGUUCUAAUGAUGGGGACAAAUCUUCCUCAAUGCACACCACUCCAAUCUAUAACAAUAGCCCAAUUGAGUCACCUUCACACCCGUCGUUUGGCCGCCAUUCAAGAAACUCAUCGGCGAGCCGAUUUUCGGGUAUUUUCCGGUCAUCUUCAGGCAGAAAGGGGAGCAGCAAGAAGCAGAUUAGCAAUGAAAAAGGGUGGCCUGAGUGUAAUGUGAUCAUGGAAGAAGGACCUUAUGAUGACCUUGAGGAUAAGGCUCUCUCAAGACGCUUUCAGGCUAUAAUUGCUUUCUUGAGUUUCAUUGCUUUGUUCACAUUUUUCUGCCUCAUCAUUUGGGGCGCCAGCAGGCCUUUCAAGGCUCAGAUUUCUGUCAAGAGCUUGGCUGUGCAUAAUUUUUAUGUUGGGGAAGGUUCAGAUUCCACUGGGGUUCCUACCAAGUUGCUGACAUUGAAUAGCACAUUGAGGUUAAGUGUAUACAACCCUGCUACAGUAUUUGGCAUUCAUGUUACCUCCACACCAAUUGAUCUCAUUUAUUCAGAGAUUGUUGUGGCCUCUGGUCAGUUGAAGAACUAUUACCAGCCAAGAAACAGUCACCGGACAGUCUCUGUCAACUUGGAAGGAAUAAAAGUUCCUAUGUAUGGAGCUGCAUCAACUUUGACUGUUCCCCCAACAAGUAGUCCGGUUCCAAUGAUAUUGGCGUUCAAAAUUCGAUCACGAGGAUAUGUCGUAGGGCAGCUAGUAAGAACAACACAUAUAAAGCAAAUCUCUUGCCCUGUGGGUAUUGAUUCUACCAGCAACAAAGCCAUCGUGUUCAAGAAGAAUUCGUGCACAUAUGAGUGACUCUGUUCACACUUUGAGUCCUGAACUUCGUAUUGAUUCGAUUUGUCUCUCUCAAUGAAUUUGAUAAGAAAUUUGUCUGAAGAUUACUCUUUUGUUGGUUUGUGCAGAGAUACCUCAGUAUGAAUAAAGAGUGGUUGCCUUUGUAAAUAUCCAUCUUUUUUAUUCUGUUCAAGAAGUGUUACUAAACUGUAAAAGACUCGUUUUCUUUUCAA